AUGCGCUCAAAGGUGCACCAGCAGAGCUACAGCAACGCCGUGAUGCGGCGGCAGGCGCGACGCCUCUCGCCAGCAGGGCAACUCGCCGUUGACCGGGUGGCGGAGUUGGCUGCGCUGCAGCAACGCCACGAGCGCACCUUCGACCCCGCGCUGCGCACUGAGGCGACAAGCAUUCUCCGUACGCUCCCGCUGCUUUCGUCGGACGAGGACCCGCGGUUUGUGCACACGCAACGUGCGCUCCGCGCCGCGGCCUACUUUGACGCCGUUGACCUCCCCACCACCUACGCUCUCAUCAAUCAGCACACCAAGAACGCCUUCCUGCUGGACGCUGUCGCUAUGUCUUCCUUCUUCUUUAUCCUGGGGAAACUGCAGCACCCGCAAACGGCAGAAAUCAUCGCCGUUCUGCUGCCGCGCCUGCGAGAGCUGGCGCCCGACCUAAUUCCACGCGAGGCGGUGCACAUUCUUCGGGUGCUUCACCGCUACGGUGUAGAGGACGCUAAACUCGUAAAGACCCUCACAGACACCGUCGUGAACACCGCUGCCGAGGCGCCGCUCAAAGAUGUAAGACAAUGCGCCGUGGUGCUGGCAGAGACGAAUCCAGAGGAGGCCAGGCGUGUGCUUGUUGGAGCCACAACGCGGCUCUGCGAGGAAAUAGAAUUAUGCACCGACACAAACGAAGUGAAAGCGACGAUGAUGGAUAUAUGCCGUGCAGUGGCGCUUACCUGCAGCGGGCCGCGUGAACUGCUCAACAGCGUGGCUCGUCGCUCGCUGGACCUGCUGCCGCAGCUCACGCCGCUCGAUAUAGCGUACGUGCUGAAGGCGUUCCAUCUGAGUUCGUACCGACACCUGCGCGUGCUGCGUGUGCUGGCGUCUUCGCUGGCCGCACGCGCGGGGGAAAACAAAGCGGCGGCGGAAGUCGUCACCGCCGCCGCGGUAGCCAUGGUGGUGCCGGCGCUUGCGCACUUCUACGUCACAGACUGCGAGGAGGUCGUGCUGACGCUCGUGAGCGCCGUGGCGGAGACUCUGGAGGGACUCAACCUCGCCCUCACACUCCUCGCAACUGUGCGGCUGCAAUGCGUCUCGCCGGCACACGCGCAGGCCACGGAUGUGCUCUGCGGCGUCCCACUACGGCGUUACGCCCAGAAGCCGCACAGUCUGCGGGUGACAAGUCGUAUCUUGUACGCACUCUCACAAGCAGGACGGUGUAGCUCCACGAAGGAUGUUGUUAACCUGCAGUCCAUGCUGAAUGCGGUGCUGCGUGCCCGCGGCCCUAUUCCAAAUGACUGUCGUAGUUUUCUACUCGACGCGGUAACAACGUUGGACGCUGACAGUCGUUGUAGCGAUGAUGCAGUGAAGGGACUUCUUCGCGGAGUGCGUGAGCGGCUGUCUUGCAAUAGCAGCAGCAGCCGCGGCGGUAGUAAAGGUGUUAGCGGUAGUCCCGUGUUCUCGUAG